ACUCACACAGGGUAGAGCAUGAGUCCAUGGCCAAUGUCCCAACCUCCUGGAAUCUCUCCAACUGUCAUGGAACCUCCCCCAACUCCAGCUGCAGGCUUGACUGAAGCCCUGAGGCCUGCCUCUGGGCAGCAGGGGAGACAAGAGGACAUAGAAGAAGGGCCAGAGGGAUUCAAACCGCAAAGGACCAAGCCGGAACCUGGGAGGGAGACCAACAGAUUUCCAGGUGGCCAUGGAGGUGUCUGGAAGGAGGAGCUGAAGCGGUUGGCAGGCUGUUUAGUGCAUCUGGGGACUGGCCUUGCCCACAUCCCCACAUGUCCCAGAGGCCCCAAUCUGGCCCCCAGAGCACCAAGCCAAGUUUCCUUCCAGCAGCAUCCAGUAAUACUCAAAAUGAGACUGAAGUCUCCCCACCAAUUACCUACAGGCCCCGGGUCAGUAUCCAAGGCUUUCAGCCCAUUACCAACAGUGACCAGGUCAGCAUCCAAGAGCCCUUGUCCAUUAUCCACAAUCACCAUGUCCAAGACCCUCCACUAGUCCACGGUUGCUGGGCCAGUACCCAAGACGCACCACCCAUUAUCAAUAGUGGCUGGAUCAGUACUGAGGACACGCCGUCCACCAUGAACAGUCAUCAGCUCAGUAUCCAAGACACAUCGUCAGUUACCUACAGUCACCGCUUCAGUACCCGAGAUGUUCCACCAAUUUCCCAAAAUCACCACUUCAGCAUCCAAAAUUCUCCAUUACUAUCUCAAGAGACCAAUAUAGAGUCUCUUAUCUACAGUGGUAGCCAAGUCAUUAGCCAAGACCAUCUUCCAACAAACCAGAGUCCCUGCUCAAGUACUCAAUGCCUCAUAUCGCCGAUCCAGGCCAAGGUUGAUGCCUCACCUUCAAUUACUCACAUCUCCACAGCCAGUAUCAAAAGCCUUGAUUCAACCAUCUGGACCUCCCAAGAGAGUUCCAAAGACACUAUGGACAGCUUCCUGGGCAACCCAAGUACUCUAGACAACAAUGUCCAGAGCAUACAGUCAAACAGAUCUGCAAAGAUGGAUUCUGGCAGGUGUCAGAGAAAGAGUACAUGCAGCCAAUCACAGCUGCCCCUGGGCUGGCGGCUGCUACACAGAGCCAAGAAGAUCAGCCAUCAGUGCCCUGACAUCUCCUGCCUCCAUGAGUACGACCAGAAUGCUUACCUUCUGGACUUUGCCUGGGCCUUUCUCAUCCUCGCCAGCAUCACCAGCAUCUGCCUCUGCAUCUUACUCCUAAACAUCAUCUUCUUCACCAGCUCCAACACACCCACGCUGGACUUCUCCAACGGCAUCCUCGGGAUCCUGACAGGGGCCAGCAUGAUGUUGGGUGUCCUGUUCUACCUGAUGCAGGCCCAUGAGUACCUGCAGGAAGGCAUGACCUACACUCUAGGGCUCAGCUUCUACCUGGCGUGGACCGGCAUCUUUCUCUUCCUGAUGAGUGGUUUCCUUUCCUAUCUGAACUACAUGAACUUCUGGUCCAUCCUGGCGCUCCAGGCCACCUGAAUUUAGGACACAGGAACAACCCCACCUAUGGCCUGCUCCCACUGCUCCCUGUCAAGCACUUGACCGCCCUACUCUCUAGCUCCCCACCCCCACUGAGAGUUUUGCCCUUUUCAUUCCCCUCUCAAUCCCCUCACUCAGAUUAAUAAUCUGUAUAUUUAAAUAAUCUGUAGCUUUUGCCCAGAAUAUUCUCUUAAACUCAAUACCUUCUAA